AUGCUCGCAGUGCAGGGGCCGACAGGAUUUUUUCAGAGUCCUCGCAUGCCCGCUCUGGGACGCCGUCCCUGGAAGACAGAGGUGACGUUCACCGACGUGACUGCGAGUUGUGGACAAAACGAUUCCGACCCCUGCCAGCGCCGGCACUCGCAUCCGGCCCUGGCGGCGGAGUGCACCUCUGCGACUGGCGCCAGGAGCACGCCACGCUCCGCGGUCAGCUUCAGUCGCGCUCAAGGCCCCUCUGCGUCGUCAUGGAUCCAGGGAACCGCAUCUCGUUCGCCAUCUCGGACGCGGGCGCGGGCCUCGAUGCCGAGCAUCCCUGAGCAUGCGGCGCCGGCGUACUGCACGGACAGGGGCCCCAGGACGAGGCAGGACUGCAACAGGGAGCCGGCGAAGCUCCGGCGCCAGCGCCCCCCGGCGGACACGCUGGACCUGUGGCCUCUGGCCAACGCGGCUGGCCAUGCCGAAAGGCGCCGGGCGUUGGACACAGAGGCAGCGGCGCCCGAGGAGGCGGAGGCGGAGGCGGAGGCGGACCAGCAGGCCAGGCGGUCGACGUCGACGUCGAGCACGGAGUCGAGCAGACACGAUCGCUGCUCCUCCGUGCCCUGCAGCUGCUGCUGGGAGCCGCGGCCAGGACCAGAGGAGGAGGCGCGGCCAGGUCCUGCCGCGGGCGCGUGCUGCCAGGGGAGCCCGCGGGCUCUGCCCCGGGCAGCGCAGAGGGGGCCCCCGCGGCCCAGUGCGGCCGGGCGCCCUCGGGGGGCGCGGGCGGCAGGGGCGCCGGCUUGUCUGAGAGGGGCCGGAAUCG